CUUCAAAAACCGAGCUUCUUCUUUUUCAAGCUUGCAAAGUUAUCUUAAAAACGCCAAACCAUAUCUAAAACGCUUUUACUCAUUUCUCUUCCUCUUUCUUCUUAAGCCAUGACUAAAGAUGAAGACUUUAAGCUCCUAAAGAUCCAGACGUUUUCCCUCAGGGUCAACAUCCAUUGCGAGGGAUGUAACAAGAAAGUCAAGAAACUUCUUCAGAGGAUCGAAGGAGUUUGCCACGUGAAGAUAGAAGCAGAGCAUCAAAAGGUGACUGUUUCAGGGUCAGUUGACUCAGCCACACUCAUCAACAAGCUCGUUAAAGCCGGCAAACACGCCGAGCUUUGGUCUCCUAACCCAAACCAAAACCAACCUCAAAAGCCCAAGACUAAUGACGUCAUCAAGAACGUUAAUCAAAAGGGUCAGAAGCAAGGAUCGGCGAAAAGUGGUCUUGAAGCCUGCAAGCCCAAGAACGGCCCUAAAGGUGCAGCCUUUGUCACGGACGAGGAAGGAGACGGCGGCGAGGAAGAAGACGGAGAGGUCCAGUUUCAUAAACCGGCGAAUCAGCAGCAACAAACCGUCGUCAACUCCAAGAAAAACAAUGGAGGAGUGUCGAUAAACAAUGGAAACAACGGAGUCAACGCCGCAACAAAGAAAGUCAACCAAAAACAGAGCAACCAAAACCAGAACACUCAACAAGUAAUGGCGGCAAUGAGAAUGAGAACCGCCGGAAAAAUGAACUCUGGUGUUGAAAGUAACGAGAUUGGAGCUCUCAUGGGUCUUGCUGGCUUUAACGGCGCAACAAACGCCGUGAAUCACCCUCCAAAUGGGAUUCAACAACAGCUUCAAGCUCCACCGUUAAACAACGUCACUAAUCACAACCUCACCAAUGGUAAUGGAGGCUUGAUGAUGAACAUGAACGGAUACAACAAUCAUCAUCCAAUGAACAUGCAGAGUAGGCAAAUGAUGCAUCAGCCUCAGCAAAUGAUGUACCAAAGAUCAUCUUUCGUUCCAGCAUCAAGCAAUGGGUAUUAUUACAAUUACACCCCUAAUCCCUACAGUUAUUAUCCUUAUUACCCUUACCCAAGUGAGCAGCAACAGCAACAAAGUAGCCAUGCAUAUGCAACAAACAUAUCUAGUGAUGAAGACAGUACUAGCAAUAACAAUAGCUGCAACAUCAUGUAAAGUGUGGUUGCUUGCUAAUGAAGAUAUCUAUCUUUU